AUGGCAGAGAUUGUGGCGUUUGCCACACCGCACGUGAGCGGUGCAGUGCUGAAGCACCAGGCGCGGCUUGGACACGAAGGUCCCCAUCGCGGCCGGGCGUGGCAAUGUGGCGGCUACGCAGUGCUGGCGGGCGCCGCAACCGCGUGUGUUGCGCGGCGUAGGGUGGCGCGCGCCUCGAACCCCCCGCCACUGUGGAAGACCACCGCCGGGAAGCGGGAGCUGAAGAACUUCAUCGCUUGGCAUUUGGAGACGAAAGGAGAGCAGCGCACAAAGAAGAUGCUGGACGACAUGAAGGAUUUGGGCUUCAACUGCGCAACCCGAGCUGGCAUCUCUUUGGGCCUAGAUGACAUGAGCGUCCCGGAGCGAAAGGGCGCCUUCUGCGACGGCAGCUCUGAGCGGCAGUUCGCGGCUGAGGCCGAGUAUUCCAACGGGGACAGGACGGUGGUGGAGAAGUUUCUGGCCGUCACUGAGGAAUGGACGAGGACCAGCGAGAAGGUCAAGGACGAGGCCGUGGCCAACUUCAAAGAGAAUGAGCCGAACAAUCCCGUCUACAUGAUGUCCAACAGCGGCGCGCGGGGCAACGUGUCGCAGACGCGGCAGCUGGUGGCGAUGCGAGGCUUGAUGGCAGAUGCGACUGGUCAGCUCAUCGAGGAGCCGAUCCAGCAUUGCCUGCGGGAAGGCAUGACCAUCACCGACAUGCUGAUCUCAGGCCACGGUGCGCGCAAGGGCGUCAUUGACACGGCCCUGCGCACGGCCAACUCGGGAUAUUUGUAUCGGCGCCUGGACUUUGCCGCGUCACCCGUAGUGGUCCGGGCCAAGGACUGCGGCACCCAGGACGCGUGGCCGGAGAGGCUGAAGGGCAAGAACAAGGCGGUUGCCAAGUUCAGCGACCGGCUCCGGGGCCGCGUCUUGGCGCAAGACGUGGUCCACCCGGCCACCUCGGCGCCCCUCUUCUCGGCCGGGCACUUGAUCAGACCUUCGGAAGCUGCGCAGAUUGCCGCCAUUUGGAAGGAGUGCGACGAACAGGGCCUCGACGUGCCUCCUGUCGAGGUGCGCACUCCACUCACCUGUCGGCUGCCUGGUGAGGGCAUUUGUGCCAAGUGCUACGGAGAGGACCUGUCCACAGGGCAGCUGGCGGAGGUGGGGUAUCCCUGCGGCACCAUCGCCGCUCAGAGUAUGGGGGAGCCCGGCACGCAGCUCACCAUGCGGACCUUCCACACCGGGGGUGCCUUUGAAGGCUCUGCCGGUGAGGGCGUUGUGGCCAGUGUCGCGGGAAGGGCGGAGCUGACGGCAGCCGCUUCGGGGGAAAAAAUCGCCCAGGUGGCGCAGGAUCAUCCCGCCGUGGCCGCCUGGAAACGCUCUCCCCGCGGGGAGGUGGGCUGCGUGCUGAAGGAGGCGUGCACGCUGCAGAUCCUCGCCGAUGGAGGUCCUGUGCAGACGGAAGAACUGGAAAGGGGCUGCUACGUCUUUGUCCUGGAUGGUGCGCAGGUGAGCUUUGGCCAAGUCCUCUACCAGAAGCCGGCCAAGGAAGGCGCCAAGUCGGAAGACCUCGAGAGCUUGGACAAGGCCAUCACGUCAGGGGAGAGCGGGGAGGUGUUGAUCCAAGAGGCCGACGCGCAGCGCACCUGCGUGGAGGGCAAGUUGGUCUGGGUGCUGCAGGGCAGCUGCUUGGAAGUCCAGCAGGACAAGGGCUGCAGCCUGGCAGUACAGGCGGGGGACCAGGUGGCAUCUGGCCAGGCGCUAGCGCAGGACUGGGCGCGGACCCAAAGCUCCGGGAUCCCCCGCUUCCAGGAGCCGCCCCGCACCGUGGCCGACAAGGAGACGUUGUGCCUGCGCAGCGACUUCGACUCCCUAGAGCUUGAGGGCGCCAGUGCCAGGGAGUACCGGGCCGCCUGCAGCAUCCCUCAAGAGCUGCUGGAGGAGGACCAUGAAGUGACGGCCAAAGCGAGGUGGGUUAAGGCGGUGCGGAGCGCAAAGAGCGCCGCGGCAGAGCUCCGUGCGCCGAAGCCAGAAGCGCCGAAAUGCGUCCGGGUCCUGACGCAGGUGACGGGGUCCGCGGUCACCACCAUGUGCGACCCACCCUCCUCGGGCACAGGCCAAGUGUUGAGCCCCUGUGGGCAGACGGUCACGAAGGAGCACCUUGCGCCCGGUGGCCUUGUUUGGCACCUGCCCGGCGCAGGCAUAUCGGUGCUGUGGUCGCCUGAAGAGAGCCUGCCCAUCGCUGAAAUAGAGAAGGCGCAGGGGAAGAUCCAAGAGGCCUUCGGCGAAGGAAGACCGCCGAUCUUCAAGCGGAGCUCCGGGCCGUGCGCAGUGGCCGUGGAAGAGGAUGGCACCAUGGUUCGACGCAGCCAUCAGCAGGUUUACUGCAGCGAUGCCGGCGACUGCGAGGACUUGGAGUUCUCCAUGAAGAAGGGGCGAACCUUCUUCGCCCCCGGCAGCUACUUCGAAGCGGGGUCCUGGUGGGACGCCGCUGAGGGAGGGGUUUAUCUAUACCAGAGACUUGUCCCUCCCGGUGUUCCUAUCCACUCGAAGCUGCCAAAGUUCAAAGGCAAGGACUGGAUGGUGGUAGAAAUCCUGGACGACCCGCAAGCCAAUGAGUCUGUGCGCAUUCUCUUGCGGCAUACGCGGCGAGUAGACCUCGCACCCUUCGAUGCGCGCCUGCCCUCGGAGCAGACGCAGAGGUUCUGGAGCCUGCCGCACGAGAACGGGGAGGUGGUGGAGUCGAGUCCCAUGGUCUUGGCCCACGAGAUCUUGGCCACGCUGGGCCGACACGGCCGGGACUUGCACUGCACUACAUCGGUGCCAAUCAGCAAGGAUGCGGAAGCUUCCGCCGGGGGCGUGCGGCGCUGCGGCAGCACAGAGCUGGAGCUUGUGAAGGAGUGGAGCCCGGGCCGCAUCUGCCUGGUGCAGCACACGGCUUUGGGCCCGCCGCGCCGCGCGGGGAUGGUGGGCGCCGCCUGGGAUGCCCCGGAGCCCUGCUACGAGCGAUGCGAUUCCACAGGGCAGCUUAUUGCUCGGCGCACGUUGCCCGCCGAGUCGAGUGGUCUGGUGUGCCGAGCCGAGAUGUCCGAGCAGGAGAGAGCGCGGAGGCUCAACGCAGUGGUGCUCAGCAGCAGUGACGUGAUGCAGCUGCGCUGCAGCAGCAGGCCUAGUGCCAGUGUGGGCGACCUGCUCCGCAAGGGCGACGCGCUGAGCGAGGAGAGAGUGCCCUCCCCAGGGCAGGUUCUAUCGAUCCAAGCAGUUGAUGGCGCCUAUGUGGUGACGCUGCGAAAAGCCUCCGUGUAUUUGGUGACCCACAAAGGCAAGGUGCAGGUGAGGACAGGCAGCGUGGUGCGGAAGGGCGACGUCUUGGGCACUGAGCCGCUCGUGGUGCCCAAGACCUCCGACAUCGUCCAGGGCCUGCCCCGCAUCGAGCGCCUCUUCGAGGGAGCGUAUGGCAUUCUUCAGCAUCGCUUGGACGAGAUCUAUGCCGAGGUGUGCCGAAGCCGUUCAGGGCUGGAGGCGGCAAAGGAAGCGUGCUUCAAGUACCAGCAAGAGUUGGUCGCCGAGAUCCAGGGCGCCUAUGGCCAGCAGGGCGUUGGCAUCAACAGCCGGCACAUCGAGGUCGUGGUGCGCAAGAUGACUGAGAAGUGUAAGAUCCUGGAGGGCGCCGGAGGCUUGCCCCCCGGCACAGAGCUUACCUACGACGAGCUGGAAGCUUUGUGCUCGCUGCAAGCCUCCGGCGAGGUGCAGGUGGUGCCGCUGGUGCGGGGCGUGACGGUGGUGGGCAAGGACUCGCACUUCCUGGUGGCCAUGGGCUUUCGGGAGCCCGACAACUUGCUGUCACAGGCCGUGCUGCAGGGCUCAGGUCGCCAUCCCAUGGAGGGCGUCAAGGAGAACGUCAUGAUGGGGAAAGCUGUCAGCGUGGGCAGACAAGCAGUUGCUGGCAGGAAAGCGGCCGCAGAAAUCGACCUUGCGAAGAUUCCGGUUCGGGCCAACGGCACAUGA